ACAAAUAUAGAAGUUUUAUUUUUAUAUAAAAUGAAAAAAAUUAAAAUUUUAAAAAAUUGUAAAUUGGAAUAUUUAGCAAUCAUUUCUUUAUUAUAUCCAGAUGGUAUAUUUUUUAUACAAUGACACAUGGAUGUAUUAAUAUGAAAUCGCUAAUAGAAAAACAUUUGUAACUCCCCGUGAGCUUAGCCCAAUUGACAGAGAUAUUACAUAAUAUAUGUAGGAGCAGGAUUCGAAUUUUGGAUGUCCCACUUUUUCAUAUUUAAAGUGUGGGAGCUUCAGCCACUAAAUUACUUGACAAAAAAAAUAACAUUUGUAAAUGUUUUCGGAAAGGUUCAUAAUGAUUUCGAAAAGGUCCAUAGAAAUAGAAUACUCUGUAUAAUAAAUAUAGAUAUUGAUGUAGACAUAGAUACAUAUGGGAAUUUUAACUUCUUAACUCCAGUGAACAUUUUUUUUUUUAAAAGAGGACUAAUAGUGUUCUCAAUUUCCACCUUCAUGAAUCGAAUCCACUGCCCUUUUGGUUGAAGUUGCAGUUUCAAACAUAAAAACCAAUGACCAAUCUUGAUAUACUUAGACCUGCAGCUGAAGCGGGUAAUAUAGAAGACCUCUAUACUGUAAUUGAAAAAGUCCCAUCUAUUUUGAGGGAGAUAGAUUUAGAACAAUUUGUUGAAACUCCUUUGCAUAUCGCCGCAUUUAACGGUCAUCUUCCUUUUGCCAUCGAGGUUAUGAAUUUGAAACCUUCAUUAGCUUUCAAGCUAAAUAAGCAAGGAUUCAGCCCUAUCCACCUUGCGAUGCAAAAGAAAGAAAAGACAAUGGUGUUGUGUUUUGUUGACAUGAACAAGGACCUUGUCAGAGUUAAAGGGAAGGAAGGCUUGACUCCUCUUCAUUAUGCAAGCCAAAUUGGAGAGGUUGACCUUUUAGCUUACUUUCUCAACGCAUGUCCUGAAUCUAUUGAAUACUUGACUGUGAGGUGCGAGACCGCACUUCAUAUUGCUAUUAAUAAUGCACAGUUCGACGCCCUAAAAGUACUAGUUGGCUGGCUGGAAAAAAAUUACAGGAUAGGUGCUAUAGAUAUGGAAAAUAAAAUACUGAACCAGAAGGAUGUGGCAGGCAACACUAUUUUGCACAUUUCAGCUUCAACAAGUGAUCAACAUGAGGCAGUUCGAUUGUUGGUAAAUACUAAAAUAAAUUUGAAGACAAAGAACUUUGAGGACAAAACAGCAUUAGACGUAGCAACUACGGAGAGCAAGAAAAUAUUAUGCAGUGCCGGAGCAAAAUCUGGCACCGAAGUCAUCGAUGCUCACACACCUGCAUAUAAACUAAGUUCAGAGACCACUAUUAUUGAUAAACUGUCAAUUUAUAUGCUUCGCAUAUCACGAAAUAUAAAAGAUGAGCAACGUAACACUAUGUUGAUAGUUGCAGCCCUUGUUGUGACUGCCACCUAUCAAUCAGUACUAAGUCCCCCUGGUGGAGUUUAUCAGGUUAAUGCUAGUGACAAAAAUUUGAACAUCACUUCCUCCAAUUCUACUAUUUCUACCCUAGGAAAUGCUGGAAAAUCGGUCAUGUCAGAAGUUGAUUUCUUUCGGUUUUCAUUUUGGAAUAUAGUUUCCUUUUUGAUAUCAAUUGCAGUAAUAAUUAUUUUAACUCCAACUGGAAAAGAGGGCAGUCCGAUGUACGUUCCAGUGACUUGGUUUACCCUUAGUUAUCUAUAUUCUAUGCGGGUGAUAUCCCCCACGUAUACACAUUUCAAUUCUGUGUUUGUUCAGAUAUUUUUUGAUUUAAUUGUGUUUUCCAGUAUCAUUUUCUCGAUAAUUGCAGGGUACUUUAGUUUCCAGAAGUGGAUAAAAGCUAAGAAACUAAGAAGAUCAGUGUUAAGGCAUCGCAAUAUAGCAGAAACAACAACCAUGGUUGUGGUAAAGGACCUAGAAAAUAUGGACUCACAGAUUUAAACAACAUGGAAUGUUGCAAAUUUUAAUGUUCUUUGUCAGUAUUGGCAUCAUUGUAUAUUAAGGCUAGGUGGUGGAUGGUGGGGGUUUUUCCUUCUUAGUUGUAGUGGCCGGAGUCUUUUCUAGCUCGAUGGGGUUGGGUUCUGUUGGUUGUUGUUAACCUCUGCGGGUGUUUUCUGUGUAUUUGGUGGCUGGAAUGUUCCUGCCUUUUCUGUUCCACUGCUUGUGCUGGGUUCUAGUUGUAAUAAAUUUAAACUCUUUAAUUGUAUUAACUGUUUUUUGA